AGCAAUAUGGCCGUGCCCGCCCACGCAUAUUCAGCGGAUAACCACUUAUGAAAAGAUUCGCGUGAGGUACGAGCGGUAUAAAAAGUGUUUUCCGAACGGAGACGCGGAUCGUGUUGUGAUCGCGAGCGGAUAUUAUCUCGGGGAGAGUCGGUCGUCCGAGGAGACGCGCGAAAACGAGGCGGAGAAAGAUCCGAGGGGCGAAGUCACGUUGACGCGCAUCUAACCUCUCUCGCCGAGAGAGACCAGGCACGUUUUUCCCAGCGCUGGAGAGCCGCCGCUCGAGCUGCUGCUUUCGCGCUCGCACGUCAACGAGAAAAAGAGAUCCCGCACGUGCUCGUACGCACGUCGUGCCCCGUGUGUGUUCCACCGCGCCCGAUAACCGAUGUCCGCUGGCAUGUUUCGGUUCACGACGAGAGCGAGGCCAUUCAACCUGCGAUAUAUCCUCGCGUUCAACAAACCUUACGCACUUUGUUGGAGACAGAAUAAAGUGAAAUAGUGUUUACUGCAACUGCAUACGUGAAUGUGCGUGCGGCAUCGGGCUUAACGAUGCGCCUUAUCAGUGUUGAGAAGCUGAACGAAAUUCAGAGUGACGCUACACGUAUCAGAAAUAUAUGUAUACUAGCACAUGUGGAUCAUGGAAAAACAACCCUGGCAGAUUCUCUUGUUGCGAGCAAUGGCAUUAUCUCCUACAAAUUGGCUGGCAAGCUGCGAUACUUGGACAGUAGACCGGAUGAACAGAUGCGUGGAAUUACAAUGAAGUCCAGCUCUAUAACGCUGUGCCACGUACACAAUGAUACGGAUCAUGUAAUAAAUCUAAUCGACUCUCCUGGACACGUAGAUUUCUCUUCUGAAGUUUCAACAGCAGUUCGUCUCUCCGAUGGAGCUUUUAUCGUGGUGGAUGUAGUAGAAGGUGUAUGCCCUCAGACACGUAGCGCCUUAUCUAUAUCCUAUGUCGAGGGUUUGAAGCCUAUUUUAGUACUUAAUAAAAUUGACAGACUAAUCACAGAAAUGAAAUUGACGCCAUUAGAUGCCUAUAUUCGUUUGACGCAAGUUUUAGAGCAAGUAAAUGCCAUUAUGGGUGAAUUGUUUGCGAGCGAUGUUAUGGAACGUGAAGAAAAAGAGGAAAUAGUUACAAUUGCAUCAAACAAGAUAAACGAAAGAGAUUUAGCUGAUUGGCAGUCGGUGCUAGAAGAAAUAGACGAUUCAAAUUUAUAUUUUUCUCCAGAACAAGGAAAUGUUCUCUUUACUAGUGCAAUCGAUGGCUGGGGAUUUGGUAUAAAGGAAUUUGCGAAAAUUUAUUCGAACAAAUUAGGAUUCAACGAGAAGGUUCUGCGAAAAACAUUAUGGGGAGAUUUUUAUAUAAAUAACAAAACCAAACGAAUCAUGAAAGGAGCUCAGGAGAAGGCCAAGAAGCCGCUUUUUGUACAAUUUAUUUUGGAUAAUAUCUGGGUGUUGUACGAGACCAUAGUGAUACGAAAGGACAAGGAUAAACUGCCAAUUAUGGCUCAAAAGUUAAAUAUCAAAUUGACAUCGCGAGACUUGAGACACACAGAUCCGAAAGCGCAACUGCAAGCUGUUUGUUCGCAGUGGCUUCCUCUUGCACAGACUUGUCUUGAUAUGGUAUGCGAGAAGGUGCCAGCACCAUGUAACUUGACCGAUGAAAAAAUUGAACGAUUGAUAAGCGGAAAUAACGACUUCUCUGCUUUACCACUUGAAACACAACGACUCAAAACAUCAUUCUUAUUGUGUGAUCCAUCUCCAAAUGUACCCAUUAUUACAUUUGUAUCGAAGAUGUUUCCGGUGGAAAGAGAUAUGUUACCUGAGAAUAGACCAAAAUCUUUAACAGCGGAAGAGUUGGCACAAAGAAGAGAGAUUGUUCGACAGAUGCAUGCGAAACGACUGGAGCAAAAAGCUAUUACGGAGAAUCAUCAGGAAGAUACAUACAAUUCAGUUGUCUGUAAUAACGAUCAGAACGCGAAACACGAAGACAUCACUGAAGAUAGGUCGGACAGCGCGUUAGUAGCCUUCGCCAGAGUAUAUUCGGGGACCAUCAAACUCGGAGACGAGGUAUUCGUCUUAGGACCGAAACAUAAGCCCGAGGUUGCUCUGGAACGCGAGAGGUCGGGCGAGAAGGUGGAUUCGUCGCUUGUGCUCAAGGAUUUGAAGCCCGGGAGGCACAUCACGAAGGUGACUGUAAGCAAAUUGUACAUUCUCAUGGGAAGGGAACUGGAAGCUGUGAGUAAAGUUCCAGCUGGUAAUGUCUUCGGGAUCGGCGGCCUUGAAGAGCACGUGCUGAAGACCGCGACACUUUCUACGACGAUCGCCUGCCCUUCCUUCACGGAGCUAACUUCUCUCGCGGUUCCCAUUUUACGAGUGGCUCUUGAACCGAAGCACCCGAAUGACCUGCCCAAGCUUAUCAGCGGCUUGAAAUUGUUGAAUCAGGCAGACGCUUGCGCCAUCGUUCACAUGCAAGAGACCGGCGAGAUCGUCCUGAGCACGGCCGGUGAGGUUCACCUGGAGAGAUGUCUGGAAGAUCUUAAACUGCAAUACGCAAAUGUCGACAUCAACGUGUCGGAUCCAAUCGUGCCAUUCCGCGAGACCAUUGUGCCACCCCCGAAACUCGAUAUGGUGAACGAGGCGAUCGAGAAGAAGGUAGAAGAAGUCAAGCUUGAAGUUUGGACGUCGAAUCGACAGUGUCGCUUCGAGAUAGACGCGAAGCCUCUUCCGGAAAAUGUAACGAAAUUGCUGGAGAAAAAUGCUAAUUUGAUCAAAUUGUUGGACAGUUCCUGCGAUAUAGAUAUGAAUGGAGAACACGAGAAUUUUGCUGAUGAAAAUCUACUGAAUGAGAGAUCUAUGUCCGAUAAGAAGCAGAAGGAAGCGAAAAUUUUCAAGAACGAAUUGGAAGCAGCUUUUCUCGAGGCGGGAUGGAAGGAUAAUAUAUUGGAUAAAAUAUGGUCGUUUGGGCCUAGGAAAUGUGGACCCAAUAUCUUGUUGAACGAGACCGACUAUAAGCAUAAGAAAUACUGGGAGCAGCAAAGCACAAGUGUCGAUUCUCGAGCGAUAUAUGAUAACAGCAUAGUCAGUGGAUUUCAACUCGCCACUCUAGCUGGUCCCUUAUGCGAGGAAUCUAUGAUGGGUGUUUGCUUUCUUUUGAAAAAGUGGGAAAUAUUUGACACUCCACAAAGCGAUUCAGGUGGUCAAAGUCAAGGACAUCUAGGCGGUCAGUUAAUGUCAGCGUGUAAGGAGGCUUGUCGACGGAUCCUUAGCCUGCGGCACCCUCGACUAAUGACUGCGAUGUACAGCUGCAGCGUUUUAGUUAACUCCGACGUUCUCGGAAAAUUGUACGCCGUAUUCGGCAAGAGGCAGGGUCGCAUCGUAUUUACGGAAAGUGCUUACGGCUUCGGCGGACAAUUCAGAGUUUUGGCCACCCUACCGGUUCUGGAGAGUUUCCACCUCGCGAGAGAACUGCGGACGCAAACGUCUGGAUUGGCCAGUCCGCAACUAGUUUUUAGUCAUUGGGAGGUGAUCGAGCAGGAUCCUUACUGGGUGCCAUCCACGGAAGAAGAAUAUCUUCAUUUCGGCGAAAAAGCGGACAGCGAUAAUCGAGCUAAACGCUACAUGGACGCGGUUCGUCGAAGAAAAGGCCUGCCUGUAGACUCCCAGCUAGUUCCGCACGCUGAGAAACAACGUACUCUUUCGAAGAACAAGUGAUGCGAAGUUCCUUUGCGCGAUUAUUACGUUCGGAAAGCGCAUUUACUCCAGGUUUCACCCUUCCACCUCGAAGAAACUCGAUUAUCUUACGUCCAUUAAAAUUUUUAUCUGCGAAGGUGUAUAAUUAGAGUGCGAACGUAUAAGAACAGAAAAAGAUGUUUACUUAUUAAGAAUAAAAUAUUAAUUGGGCGAGUAAUGUUUAAUUUUGAAAAAAAUGACAUUUAAAAAUUACAUAUUAAACCGAAUAUCUUCUUUAUUCGCCAUCACUCAAAGUUACAUAUUUUUAUUCAUCUUUAUUUGUUCAACUAAACAAAUAUGUUAUUAUAUAAGAAAUAUGACAUAUUUUGUAUAAAAACAGAAUAUGUAUGAGUGAAAAUGUAUAAUAUCGCACACAGAACUGUAAAACAAAAAUUACAAAGUAAAAGAAGACACUUUUAUCAUAGAAUAUUUGCAUAAAUGUUAUUUACAUUAAAUAAAUGUACAUAUGUAUACAUUUGUGUCAAAAUAAUGACAGACAUAUAUCAUAAACUUGCAAUGUACUUUUUACACAAAGUGUCCUUGGUCAAUUUACAAGUGUUUUGUUAUUAUAAUUUUACAGACUGUGUUAUAAAUUAUUGUAGAUGUUUAUUUAAUCAUCGCCAAAUACAGUUUUUUUUCCUUGAAA